CCGGUUCCGAUUUCAACUGCACCUGGGAUUUCGAUGACGGAGCGUUUGGUCACUCCAGCUAUUGGAUCACGGAUGAAGAGGUGUACAAAUGGCCGAUAACUCACCAAAAAAUUUAUCACAUGUUUCCUGGCAUUGGCGUGUACCACGUUCGCAUUAAUUGUACCAACAGACUCUACCCCAUCACCGCCUCCACCAUCUCAAUUGUACAAGUUCCUGUCAUUGGAUUCAAAUUUGACCAGCCAGAUCCUCAACCAAAUGACGAAGAUCUCGUGGUGAAUUUCACAGCCGCCACGGGCACCAACAUCAGUUACACCGUGACGUUUUAUCACAUCUGGGAAAAACGCGAUAUCCCUAUAACGGAUGUGACCAUCUCUCCAGACACCCUCAAGGGAACUGCGGUCAUCGACAAGAAGCACUUCACAGAUCGUGUCGGUUACUACAACGUGAAGAUAACAGCCGUUAAUCUCGUGACGCCGCUUCAAACUCGCGUACGGACGGUCACGAUCGAUCGUCCGAUUCGUGACCCCAAAUUAUCAUUCACGCGAAAUACGUGGAAACGAAUCACACAGUGAACUACACGAUCCACGCAGAUGGCUCGAACGUGACCAUCAAGUGGGAUUUCAACGAUCCGUACGCGGGUCCACUCAGCUUCCGUCAGGAAUGGUUCCAAGGGGUAUUUACAAGCGAUGGCUGGACGGUGUGGCAUAAAUUUGACCACAGUGGAUAUUAUGUAAUCGAUGUAACGCUCACGAAUAGCUUGGGCACCGUUACUACGACAAAACAAGUUAAAGGUGAAUUCGGCGUGUAUUUGGUUGGCGUCACGGACUCUCCACGUCCCCUGCCUCCGGGUCGAAUGAAUUUCACGUUCUUCCCUAUUCCAGAGAGGUACUAUUGGCACCCAACUGACGCGCAUAUGGAAAUGCAGUUUGGAGAUGGAAAAAAUUAUUCGGGACCUUAUAAUUCGACCGUCAUACAUUUCUACGAAAGCUGGGGUCUGUUCCACGUGAACUGUACCAUAAUGAACAAGAUCUCUUGGGGAUUUUUCACGUUUGAAGUGGAAAUACAACGUAUCAUACAAGGACUAAAGCUCACUCCUUUUCACAGCGCCGGCGAUGCUGGCUACUUCGGUCCGGCUCGUGGGCCCAAUCUUGAUCGCCUACCUUUGGAAUACGACGUGAUAUGGAACGUGACUACGUCCGACGGCACGAACAUCACAUACACUUAUCAAUUUGGGGAUGGCGACGAAGAAG